CAUCACAUCAUCAUUUUCAGUUCACAUCUUCUAUCCCUUUCCCCAUGUCCUGUCGUUGCAUUUCUGUGCUGUCAUCUGCAGGCUGCUAGAGGUCUUCAUCAAGUCAAGUUCUCCUGUGCUUCUUGACCUGUUCUCUUGCUUCUUGAUGCCUUUGGCAGUGUCACAAAAGUGCCUUUCUAAUAGUUUCUUUGUUAUGUCAUUUGAACAUUUUCUCCUCCCUAAGAUAUAUUUUGUGGAUUGUGGAUUUUGUAUGUUGGAUUCCUUUAUUUCUGCUACACUUUAUCUCAGGAUACCUUCAUCCAAACCCAGAAAUUCGCUGACCUGUUUUUGCAGGUGACUCGCAAGUCUGUAUCUGCACAUCACGCCUGUCACUUCCUGCCCCACGUGAAAGGGGACACUUGUUUCCCUGAUGUAUUGAAAACACAUUCCUGCAUCUUUUCUCCCCUUUUUCUCUGACUUGUAAUUCAGGCACUAUCAUCAAGUUGGAAUUUUCCCUGCUUGUGUAUUUUAACUUGCUGAUUAUUUUUCUGUGGCUGCUCUGUAGUGCAGCGUUUCUUGUUUGUGCAUGCAGUUCAAAUGCUUGUUUGGGCUCCCAGCUUCUAGUGCCGUGGUUUGUCUUAGCUCUUCCACUCAUCCAGGAGGUUGCUGCCUACAUCCCUUAUCCAGUACUCUGGCACUUUAUGCUUGCUGGCAAUUGCAACUGACAACGUUGCUGGAGGUUGCUGUUUGAUAUAGCGUGUUUUAAGAAAAAAAACUGGGGUCGCAACAGAGUAGUGGUGAAUGGCAAGGGCAAAUAUGCUUGUUCAAGAGUUGGGGUUUAUUAGUUUCCCAAAGAAUCUGCUCAAUUAGGGAAUAUUUGGGCUGGUGUUAUCCCCAUCUUUUUUUUUAUUAACUUUGUGAGAGAUGAAUUUUAACUAGGCGAUUACCAGAGGCUUCCAGAAGGCCUCUGAUGCAUAUGCAUACACAAAAAUACAUACGUUGUGUGUGAGUGUCUGCGUGUAGAUGCAUAUAUUGCUCUUGCAUAAUGUGUGUCAUUCCUUUGAUACUGAAGUGUUGAUAUUUGAUACGUGUUCAUAUUAACCCCCAGUCUGCUAGCCCACAGGCAAGGGUGUUACAAAAUCACUUGACUGCCAAAUGGGAUUUAAACUGUUGGUUUACAUAAGAGGUACAAUAACUGAAACGAACAACUAUUGAUGUCCAUGCUAUCGGCUUAUCUCUUAGCCAUCACCAGCUGUAGCACUUAAAACAUUUGAAAGAUGCUAAUUGCCCACAGUAUUUGUUAUUCCCAUACUGUCAGAUUUUUUUUCACUAUAAAAACUCUGCAUAAACUGAGUGUGUUACAGUUGUUAAUGGGUAUAACAUGACUGACUUCUUAGAAUUAGACUUCGCUUCUGUAAGUGUGUCUAAAAAGAUGUAAUUAUGUGAAACUGAAAAUCUGAAAACAUCAGUGUAAUAAAUAUCUCUUGGCUUGCCCUACAACAUUGUGGGUUACUGCAACAUCUCCCUCUUACAUCGCUUUCACUGACAGUACAAAAAAACCAUUCUCGGAUACACCGUGGAUUGCGAGUGCUCCAUACUGAUUGAAAUUUUGGAUGUUGUUUGUCAGAGAUCAGCAGAAAUCCCUGUAGUUUGAGAGAGUAGCUUGAGAGUAGCUUAAAUACCACGCUUUUCCCGAGUGGUUAAUUAUCUCAGACUGAGCUGUUAAAAUAAUCUUUUUAUUAAAAAAAAAGUACUGGGUACUGACCGGUACUGUAAGAGAUGGUUUUAAAGAAAAUUAUUUAAUGAUAAUAUCUUGCAUGAGUCAUUAAUCAUGAGUCGUGAUCAGCAGGCAGUGAUGUCCAAUUUGUUUUCUAAUCCCGCACUUGCUGAUGCUCUUUAUUACCAUAGUGAUAAUAUUAAAGAGCUGUUAAUGCAUAUAACCACGCAGCUGAAAAUGACAGGCUCUUUUUUUUGGUGGAAUAAAAUUUCCAUAUCUUAAGUCUGUUUUGCCCUGCACGUUUUUUGACAUGAGAAAUCUAGGCAGUGUAAAAGUGAUCAAACAAGUAUAAUCUGGCAGGGAGUUAGGUUAACAGAACAGACUUUUUUUUUUUUUUUUUUUUUUCCCCUCCCCUUUGCUUUCAAGCCAAUCAUUGUGGCUUCCUGGAGAAUUAAGUCUAGUCUGUCUUCUUAUGAGGAUUGAGGAGGCUUUGUACUCAUUAAAAAUCAGGAGCUAAUUGUUCAAGCUAUGCUUUGCAAUGAGAGCCUGCACUAUCCAUGUUUUUAAUGUUUGUUCUCUCCUGAGCAAAAACUACUAGCUGGAUGGAAAGUUUUGUUGCAUGAAUGUAUGUUGGAGAAUGACUGCUGAGGUUUUAGAGAAAAUGGCUGUUUCUCUUUGGAGAGCCUGAAUAUAAAAAGAAUCAUUUAGCUGAGAAAUGAGCUUUGGAAACCUGUUUUCACUCAUAAAUGAAAUUUUACCAAGAGAAGCUGUUUUAAAAGCUCUGGGAGGUGAUGCCUGAAAUGUUGCAGACAAUAUUAGAAUGUGCAUAGGUGGAGAGUGUUGGGGUGCAGCAGCUGUGGGGUGAUAUUAUUUAUGAAGUAAUGAAUCUAGUAUUCCAUCAGAUUUUUAACUUGAUUAAAUUUUAAUGAGUUUUGCUAGUUUACACUUGAGUGUAGAAAAGUUGAUCAUGACAGAUUAAAACCUUGAAUUUAGUAAGGAACUCAGAAGAUCGUUCAAAUGUAUCACCAGAUGUUUAAAAAAUGAUCCCUUUAUCUAUUCCAGUGUAUAUGACCUUACAGUGCAUAGAUUCGUAUAGGCCUUACUAGUUUCUUUGUGUUGAAUUUGUGAGGUAGUGCUGAUCUGGUGGAUGCGAUGUGGCAGCAGAGGUAAGAAUCUACUGGCAUAGGCGGCUCUCUUUGAAAUUGUCUGGUGCGAUGCAUAUUCUUCUACAUCCAUAAUGUGGCUGCUGUGCAAACUCCUCCUCUGUUUCGAUGAGGAUUAUACCUGCCCCAACAGAAGCAUUUUCCACUUUAGCGUGGGAUGGUGCAGCUAGAGACAAGAUGAGUGUACGCCUGACAAAAUUGUCCACUUCUUUCAUCAAAAACUCGUUGUGUGUGAUUUUUUUAAUGUCUGUUUGCUUGUUCAUGUGUAUAUAAUAAAUGUUUUUAAAAUUUCACACUGUAAAAUGCCCUGAACACAGCAUUAAAUAUAGCUGUCGCCAAAUUCUGUGUCAGUGAAUAUGUUUGUGUUCACCUUAGAAAAACUUCCCAGGAGCUUCUUGUGAGUUUUGGAAGACUUGUUUCUCAAAAAAUGAGCAUCUACCAGGUCUUCUGAACAGCAGUAUCCAUUAAAAAGGGGGUUGGGGCAAAGCUAGCACUGGUCUAGCAAACUGCAAGAUUUAAAUGUAGCAAACCUUUUCCUGUGGCGGUUCUUUUAUUUCCCACUCCAAGGGGCUUCUAAGAUUACUUCUUUUUCAGAUCAGCAGUCUCAGGUUCAGGCUUUACCCUGUAUCUUUCAAAUCACGUGUCAGCCACUUUCUCCAGUAGACCUUUUUCCAAUGUAAAUAAAAUAAAGCAUAUCCACAGCUCAAGAAUAAUACUUGAUAAUGACUUCUUGUUAUUUCCUGGUAUACACGCAUACAUUGCAGAGUGGAAAUAGUGGAGGAAUAAGCCAUGAGUGUAGUGGUACAUAUAAGUAGACUAACAGUAUUACGUAGCUGUGUAAAAGUCAAGUGCGAUGUUCUCUCUAUAAUACUCAUGUACACUUUUCCUCCUUUGAGGUACUGCACAGGUUCUGGUGCUCUCUGUCCAAGUGAGAUCAAUUCAAAGUGAAACAAGGGCUACUGGAAUGACUGGAAAAAGCAUAUUGCUACCAGAGGCUAGGAAGUCUAACUAGUGUUAAGAUGGAGUGUGAUAAAUGUGUUAAUGGAAUUAGAUGACAGGGAAUGGACCUCAAUAUAGGAAUGGUCUUUGGUUCUUAAUUUUUGUGUUCUUCAAGUAUUUCUCUCAGAAAGGUCUUGAAGUGUAAUAGUUGUUUACAGAAAAGCAGGAGAUCCUGAAAACAUCCAGAUCCUGAAAGAAAUGGCAGCUUCUCUGUGGAAGAACUUUCUUCAGACUGCAAAGGAAAGGAUACUACAACAGAGAAGAGCAUCACUGUAUGUUGGUGCUCAUGGUUAUGAGGAAGAACUGAUAAAGAAUAAACUUCGACAGUUUGCUGGUGGAUCCAUCAACCUCUCCAAAGAAGACAAUGGCAUUGGAAUACUUACUUUGAACAACCCGAAGCUAAUGAAUGCCUUUACAGGCACUAUGAUGCUAGAACUCCAGGAGAGGGUAACCGAACUGGAAAACUGGAAGGAUGGCAAAGGCCUUAUCAUCUAUGGAGCAGGAAACACCUUCUGCUCGGGAUCUGAUUUGAAUGCUGUCAAAGCAAUAUCCAACUCCCAGGAUGGGAUGAAUAUGUGCAUGUUUAUGCAAAACACUUUAACCAGACUUAUGAGAUUGCCUUUGAUCAGCGUUGCGCUAAUCCAAGGAAAAGCUGUUGGAGGAGGAGCAGAACUUACCACGGCAUGUGAUUUCAGGUGCAGGGACUUGCCAGCAUGAAACAACUAGCGAAAAACAGAAGGCUUUAAUUAAAGAGGCUGAGUGCAGAACAGGAGCUGGAAG